AUGAUAUGGAGAUAUUUCUUGCGGAAAAACGGCCUUAUUAGAGGCCUUUCGUCUGUAAGACACUGUAAUUAUACUACAGGAACUCAGGCGGGCCAUGAUUUUGCCUUGGAACAGGAGGCUAUAAAAAAACAUGCAGGAAAAACAGCAGAUUUAUGGAAGAAAAUAACGAUUUUUGUUUGUAUUCCUGCGUUAUUAAUAAGCUCUUUAAACGCUUAUCAAUUACAUACUAGACAUCAUUCAGAUCUCCUUCAUGAAUUAGAAGAGAAGGAAAAUGAUUCUACACCGGAAUAUCCAUGUUUGAUUCUUUUAAAUAUAGUUUUUAUGGCAUUUUAA